UUGGCAACCGUCAAUGGCUGUUUAGCAAACUUAUGGAAGACGCUGGAGCUGAAUAUCAGGUACGGUUGUCGUGUUUGAGUGAUAUUCUAAGACGGAAACUCAAGGCGGUGUUCGCAAGUUUAAAGUCAAAAACUGUUCAGUUUGUGUUUGUGAUAGUGAUUAACUUUAGAUUUCUUUACGCAUGAUUUGUCAAUUGAACCGACUCGAGCAGUUUACGCCGCCUUUGAGCCGUGGUGUUUUACUACUGCUUCGAAGCCUGUGUGGAUACAUACGAUGGCUUCUGCUUCUCCGAGGUCCACUCUGCCAAGCAUUUCUGGCCUAAGCCUGGACAGUGAAUCCAAAGAACGGCUUCAGAACCUCCCAGAACUACAGAACCCAGCUCCCCCACCAAGACACCCAGUAAAAGUGACAGACCCACAGGCUGUGCUGAAGAGACGUGUGGCACGGAUAACACCCAGUGUCCAACACAUAAAGACUCGUGAGCAGUUGUAUUUUCCAGGCUGGUAUACGCAGUCCCCUUCAACCCAUGCAAAAAAGCAGCCUUUGCGCAGACGUCCUGAACAACCGCCUGUCCACCUACCCCCUCUGCAAUCAACUAGACAGGCAUCCCAGAAUGAGGUGUCAACCUCUAGUCUCCCCAAACUUCCAUUUUCUAUUAAGAGUGGUGCACAGCUUGAUCCUUCCUCCAGUCAGUUUUUAGAGUACAAAAAGGAUUACUUCAUGGUGAUCAGCCAUACAGGUAUCCUAUCGUUUCAUAAGGGCGAGAUCGAGUUUACAAGCCCGGAGCGUUGGGAACAUGAGUUUGACUACCAAUGCAAGUUGAGCCGCAUCCCCUUCUUCGCCCUCUUCAAGAAAUGGAAAACCUUUAAUAUGUGGCGCACCAAAGUUCGUGCAAAAAGGAUUCGUGUGGCCAAAGAUUUCCUACAACAAAAUCUGUUUGUUGUCAGACCGUUUUUCAGUACCGCACUGAUAGAAAUAUGGAACAUGUGCUGCCAAACCAGAGGUGUCAGCUUCUGUCAAAAAAUGAAAAAGCACACAUACACUUUGGAGGAGUUCCAGGACACUGAACUCAAACAUUUGCAAGAGGUAUUGAUUGACCUUGAAAAGUUUCAUGACCUAGUCAAGGAGGUUACCAUUUGUGCCGGCCGUAACUUUUUGCUGGAACAUGGAUCCAAAUCUACUGACCCAAAAUCUGAGUCAUCAUUAAUUUUUCAAGCACAUCUAAUACAUGUAGUCUCUGUCUCUCACCCUUCUAGCUUCAUCCGUCUUGUUGACUAUUUGGUUGUCAGCACCUUUCACAGCUUGGUGGUAAACGAAGUGGAUAAACUCCUGACUGUAUUUCAGGAGCAAGUAGGUCAAACAGCCAGCCAUGCCAUCAUUCAGAGCUGGAGCCAACAUUCUGGGGGUCCCCCUAAAAAAGAGAUGGAAAAGGAGCAUGCUGAGUCAAAGGCUGCUCCCAUCUAUCCUUUAUUCAUGUCUAAGCUGGUGCUGGACUCAAAUACCUUCACUUAUAAACCCUCUAAAGAAGACUUUCAGGAGACCAUUGAACAGAUUAUCAGCCAGUUCAAAAAUACAGUAUUGUCAGUGAACACACUUACAGGAGACCCUGAUUGUGAUUCAUUGAUUACGUCUGUAGAGCACAAGGAGUUGCAAGAUAUGCCUAAAAAUGGACCCUCUUUGAAAUAUCUUUUGGAAAAGGAUGGCCACCUUCAAAGUAUCAUUCAAAACAUCAGAGAUUCAAUCCAUGUUGCCUUUGAUGCAGCAAAAGUGUAUUCACACACAUUUGAUGCUUUUCAAACAUUCCACGUGGAGAAUGAAAAUCUGGAUCUGGAUGCAAUGCAGCAACAGGAUCAUGAUGUGGCCUUUUUUGAAAAAACUCUGGAGUUAUACCACAAAGAGCAUGAGAAGGCCUUAGCAAUUCAAGACAAGAGGCAUCUUGGCUUGCUGCUUGUGGACCAAACACAACUCAAAAAGGAACUUGUGUCUUCUCUCCAAUGUAAUCUGGAGGUCAUUAAUGGGAUGUUCACCCAGCAAGCGAAGAAAAAGCUAGAUGUCGUUCUCACUGAAGUUUGUGAAGCACAGUUUAAACUGGAGCGCCCUGUGUCCACUACAGCAGAAAUGGCCAGUUUUCUCACAUUCCUCGAUGAGAUCAUGGAGAGGAUUGCUGUACUAAAAGAGGAGCAGAUGACAGUUUCAAAAAUGUACAGUCUAAUCAACACAUACUCUGUUCCCACUCCUCCUGAGGAUCGUGUAGUUUUUGCCACAUUGAAACCCUCCAUUAACUCGUUGGAACGCAUAAUCGGUUACGCAUUGGCAGAGAGGGACUCCAGCAUGGAGAAGUUUUGCUGCUCCCUGAGCGCAGGCAUAAAAAAAGUACAAGAUGAGGUCACAAAUAUCAAACAUAAAGUACAGAAUCCAGAACUUUUGGACAUCAAUGCAGAUCCCUCUCAAGUGCGACUUCUGUUGGAAGAGAUCCAGAUUUCCAUAAAUGAGUUGCAUGACCAGGUGUCUGCAUAUAACUCUUACCAGAGGAAAUUUCAGGUGGAGGUAACCAGGCUUGACACACUGGAGGGGUUAAUUGCAGAAUUCAAGCUGAAACAGCUUCUUUGGGACUGUCUGGAGAAAUGGGUCAUUUUACAGGAUGGAUGGCAGCAGAGCACACUUGAGCAACUGGACCUGGAGCAGUUCAGCUUAGAGAUCAACACUUACAGCAAGUACAUCAGCCAGCUAGAGAAGGGCCUUUUUCCCAAUGAGUUGGUGCCAAGUUUAAAGAAUAAGGUGGAAGUUAUGAAGCAAAGGCUGCCUGUGAUCACUGAACUUCGUAACCCAUGUAUGAAACCACGACACUGGAAGUCCCUACAUUCUUAUGUGGGCACCUCACUGAAUAUUGGACUUACUUUGACUGCUUUGGAAGAGCUUAAUGUCUUCUCAUAUGGCACAGAGAUACAGGAGGUUUCAGCACAGGCUUCCGGAGAAGCUUCGGUGGAGUCCAUUAUUUCAAAGGUGGAAAAUGUAUGGAAAACAACUGAGUUCACAGUGCUGCCUCAUGGAGACUCUAAUAAAGUCUUCAUCUUAGGAGGCACUGAUGAUAUCCAGGUACUCCUGGAUGACAGUAUUAUCAAUGUGGGCACAGUGGCAUCUUCACGCUAUGUAGCGCCCAUUAAAUACAAGGUGGACAAAUUGCAGAGACAGCUGGAUCUCUUUAAUCAGACACUGGAAGAAUGGCUCAUGUGCCAAAGGAACUGGCUGUACCUUGAGAGUAUCUUCUUGGCUCCAGAUAUCAAGAGGCAGCUGCCAGCUGAAUCCAAGCUGUUUCUUAGAGUGGACAAGUCCUGGAAAGAGAUCAUGGUGAAGGUCAAUAUGAUGCCUAAUGCCCUUAAAGCAGCCACACAGCCUGAUCUUUUGGAGAUCUUUAAACUCAAUAACAGCCUUUUAGAUGAGAUACAGAAGUGUCUAGAAGAUUACCUGGAGUCUAAGAGAGUCAUCUUCCCCAGAUUUUGCUUUUUAUCCAACGAUGAGCUGCUAAAGAUCCUGGCUCAGACACGGAAUCCUCAGGCAGUGCAGCCCCAUCUCCGGAAGUGUUUUGAUGCCAUUACGCGACUGGAGUUUGCCCUGCUGCCUCCAAAAUCUACUCAUGCAACUGAAGUACUGGAUGCUGGAGAAAAGGAGAACCUAUACAGCAAAGACAUUCUUUAUAUGGUAUCCCCGGAGGGAGAGAAGGUACAUUUAACUAAAGGUCUGAAGGCUCAAGGCAAUGUGGAAGAUUGGCUUUGCAAGGUUGAGGAGGCAAUGUACUCGUCACUGAAACGCCUCAGCAAGGCAGCCAUUGCAGACUACCAGGUGAAGUCUAGGGAGGAAUGGGUGGUCGCAGGACAUCCAUCGCAGGUGGUGCUGACCAUCUCCCAGAUGAUGUGGUGCAGGGACAUGGAUACCUGCCUAGAGGGAGACCAUGAUCACUCUGCUGCCCUGCAGGAAUUUGAACUCAUCAGCUUUGAUAGGCUGAAUACCUUGGCAGCAUUGGUACGAGGACAGCUUCCUGCUUUACACCGUAAUAUUAUCACUGCCCUCAUCACCAUUGAUGUUCAUGCCAGAGACAUUGUCACAGAUCUAGUCCAGCAGAAGGUUGACACUACGUCCAACUUUGAAUGGCAGAGACAGCUACGCUACUACUGGGACCUGGACCUGGACAACUGUGUGGCCAAAAUGGCUAUGUCCACUUACAUUUAUGGAUAUGAGUAUCUAGGAGCUUGUCCCCGGCUGGUUAUCACACCACUCACAGACCGUUGCUACCUGUGUCUGAUGGGAGCUCUCCAGCUGGACCUGGGAGGUGCUCCAGCUGGGCCAGCUGGGACGGGCAAAACAGAGACCACUAAGGAUUUGGCCAAAGCCCUGGCCAUACAGUGUGUGGUCUUUAACUGUUCUGAUGGACUUGAUUACAAGAUGAUGGGGCGCUUCUUCAGUGGGCUUGCUCAGUCAGGAGCUUGGUGUUGUUUUGAUGAAUUCAAUCGCAUUGACAUUGAAGUGUUGUCUGUUAUUGCUCAGCAGCUCAUAACUAUACGAAAUGCAAAAGCUGCUAAGCUCACAAGAUUUCAGUUUGAAGGCCGCGAGAUCAAGUUGGUGAUGACAUGUGCUGCCUUCAUCACCAUGAACCCAGGAUAUGCUGGCAGAACAGAACUACCUGACAACCUCAAAGCUCUCUUUAGACCAAUAGCAAUGAUGGUGCCAAACUAUGCACUUAUAGCAGAGGUGAUUUUGUACUCAGAGGGAUUUGAAUCCAGUAAGACCCUUGCAAGGAAGAUGACCCAAAUGUACAAGCUGUGCUCAGAGCAGUUGUCCCAGCAGGACCACUAUGACUUUGGAAUGAGAGCUGUCAAGUCUGUCCUGGUCAUGGCAGGGUCAUUAAAGAGAGAGAACCCCCACCUCAGUGAGGAUGUAGUUCUUAUCAGAGCCCUGAGGGAUUCCAACUUGCCAAAGUUCCUUACUGAUGACGCUGUGCUGUUUGGUGGUAUCCUGUCUGACCUGUUCCCUGGGGUGUGUAUUCCUGAGCAUGAUUACGGCGUGCUACACUCUACCAUCCUGGAGUCUCUGGUUAAGCGAAACCUUCAGCCACUGCCAAGCAUGACUAAGAAGGCUAUUCAACUCUAUGAGACCAUGUUAGUGCGGCAUGGUGUCAUGUUAGUAGGGCCCACAGGUGGAGGCAAGAGCACAGUUUACACCAUCCUGGCAGACACCCUGGAGACUCUCCAUCGUACCGGGCACCAGGCUAGCAAUCCCUUUUAUCAGCCUGUCAAGAUCUAUGUGCUCAAUCCAAAAUCUGUCUCAAUGGGAGAGCUCUACGGAGAGGUUAACAAUUUGACUCUGGAAUGGCGUGAUGGACUGAUGGCUCUUAGCGUCCGUGAUGCAGUCAACGACACCAGUGAUGAUCACAAAUGGGUAGUCUGUGAUGGGCCUGUUGAUGCGCUGUGGAUUGAGAACAUGAACACUGUGCUGGAUGACAACAAGAUGCUGUGCUUGGCCAACAGCGAGCGAAUCAAACUAACUCCAUCUAUACAUAUGAUGUUUGAGGUCCAGGAUUUGGCUGUGGCAUCUCCAGCCACAGUCAGUCGUUGUGGGAUGGUAUAUGUUGAUCCUGAUGAGCUUCAGUGGAUGCCUUAUGUACAGACAUGGAUGAGUGGUCUUAAAGACAAAUUUCCUGAUUCUGUGCGGACAUACCUGCUGCAGCUAUUUGAACAGUAUGUGGAGAAAGGUCUGCAGUUUGUACUGAAGCAUUGUACCCAGGCAAUUCGACAGGUGGACAUCAGUAAAGUCACCACUCUGUGCUCCCUGCUGCAGGCCCUGCUGCUGGGCAAAGGAGGGCCAGAUUUUAGUAUGGAGAAUUCAGAGCAACUCAGUAUACUGUGUCAGACCUUCAUAUUUUGCUACCUGUGGGCCAUAGGUGGCAACCUGAUCAGUUCUCACUGGGAUGCUUUUGACUCCUUCCUCAGAGACCAGUUUGAAGACAACCGUAAUGCAAAGCUCCCAAAGCGUGGAUCUCUGUGGAGUCUGUAUAUGAACUUCGAGCACGAGCAAUUGGAGCCUUGGGAGAAGAUAAUCCCUUCAUUUAAUUACAACAGGGAGCAACCUUUUUUUGAGAUGCUGGUCCCCACCAUAGACACUGUUCGCUAUGGUUACUUGAUGGAGAAUCUGCUCUUUGUGCAGCGCUCUGUACUCUUCACUGGUGAUACUGGAGUGGGGAAGUCAGUGGUGGCUCGGGGCCUGCUUAACCGUAUGCAGGAAACUGCAGGAUACCUUCCGGUUUACAUCAACUUCUCUGCCCAGACCUCUUCCGCCCGUACACAGGAGAUCAUUGAGUCCAAACUUGAGAAGAAGAGAAAAAACCUGUUAGGUCCUCCUGGUAACAAGAAACUGGUGGUCUUUGUGGAUGACCUGAAUAUGCCUAAGUUGGACAGUUAUGGCUCUCAGCCUCCUGUAGAACUGCUGCGUCAGUUCCAGGACUUUUCUGGCUUCUAUGACAGGAACAAGUUUUUCUGGAAGGAGAUCCAGGAAAUGACUAUUGCAGCAGCAUGUGCUCCUCCAGGAGGGGGACGCAAUCCUGUGACCCCCCGAUUAAUUCGCCACUUCAGCAUGCUGUGCCUGCCGACACCCUCGGAACAAAGCCUUAAGCACAUUUUCAAAGCCAUCCUGAAUGGUUUCCUCAGUAAUUUUGUCCAGGAAGUGAAGGGCUGUGCUGAACAGAUUGUGGAUGCUGCCGUGGAAAUUUAUAAGCGUUUGAGUCUUGAUCUGCUGCCCACUCCAGCAAAGUCCCACUACGUCUUCAAUCUUAGAGACCUCUCAAAAUGUGUCCAAGGUAUACUGCAGUGUGAGCCAAAUCAAGUAAGAAACAAAACUCAGAUUUUCCGUCUCUUCUGCCAUGAGUGUCAGCGGGUGUUUCAUGACCGACUCAUCAACAGCCUAGAUAAGACCUAUUUUCACAGAAUUGUCUGUGAGAUGGCCAGCAGAUAUUUUGACAUUAAGUUGGAGGCCUCAUACUUUGUGACUCAGCCCAUCAUUUUUGGAGACUUUAUUAAGAUUGGUGCAGAAAAAGAAGAUCGUCAAUAUGAGGAACUGACAGACAUAAACAAGAUCCAAGCUGUUCUCCAGGACUAUCUCAGUAAUUACAACGUAUCCUUCUCCAAAGACGUCAAACUGGUUUUCUUCCAGGAUGCCAUUGAGCAUGUCUCCAGAAUUGCCCGUAUGAUACGCCAGGAGAGAGGAAAUGCCUUACUAGUGGGGGUGGGAGGUACAGGUAAGCAGUCACUUACUCGGCUGGCGGCGCACAUGUGUGGUUACCGUUGCUUUGAGAUUGAGCUGUGCCGGGGCUACAACUAUGACUCCUUCCAUGAAGACUUAAGAAGGCUCUACAAGAUGGCUGGAGUGGAGGGAAAAGAUAUGGUGUUUCUCUUUACGGAUACUCAGAUUAUAGUUGAGGAGUUUUUGGAAGAUAUUAACAAUAUGCUAAACUCUGGCGAAGUGCCUAACCUUUUUGAGAAAGAUGAGUUGGAACAUGUGCUUGCUGCUACCCGCCCUAAAGCUAGAGAAGCUGGAAUCAGCGAAGAGAACAGAGAUGAGGUAUUCCAGUAUUUCAUCUCUCGUGUGCGGGAGAAGCUGCACAUUGUUCUGUGUAUGAGUCCUGUGGGGGAUGCCUUCAGAUCUCGUUGUCGCAUGUUUCCAUCACUGGUGAACUGCUGCACCAUCGACUGGUUUGUCCAGUGGCCUCGGGAGGCACUGCUCUCAGUUUCUCAGGCCUUUUUCCAGGACACAGACUUUGGCAGUCAGGAGCUGAAGCAGAGCUUCUCAGCCAUGUGUGUGGAGAUACAUGUAAGCGUCACUGACAUGGCUGAGCGCUUCUUCUCUGAGCUGAGACGGCGGUAUUACACUACACCUGCCUCUUAUCUGGAGCUCAUCAACCUCUACCUGAACAUGCUUGACAAAAAGAGACAGGAGUUAAUUCAGGCCAGGGACCGUGUGAAAAAUGGCCUAACGAAGCUGCUGGAGACCAAUGAGCUUGUGGACAAAAUGAAAGUGGACUUGUCUGCUUUGGAGCCAGUACUACAACAGAAAUCCAUGGAUGUUGAUGCCCUCAUGAAGAAACUAGCUAUUGAUCAGGAAAGAGCUGAUGAGGUACGUAAAGUAGUGAAAGAAGAUGAGGCUUUGGCCAAGGUGAAGGCUGAAAACACCCAAGCAAUUGCAGAUGAUGCACAGCGGGAUCUGGAUGAAGCUCUGCCAGCCCUGGAGGGUGCCAAUAAAGCCCUGAAUUCUUUGGACAAAGCGGACAUCUCUGAGAUCAAGGUGUUCACCAAACCCCCAGAGCUAGUCAUGACCGUCAUGGAGGCUGUCUGCAUCCUGCUCAACUGCAAACCGGACUGGCCAAGUGCCAAGCAAUUACUCGGAGAUGCCAAUUUUCUCAGGAACCUGACAGACUAUGACAAGGACAACAUCAAACCCCAGAUCCUCAUGAAACUGCAAAAAUAUAUCAGCAAUCCUGAUUUCAUACCUGAGAAGGUGGAGAAGGUAUCUAAAGCCUGCAAAUCGAUGUGCAUGUGGGUCAGAGCUAUGGAUCUAUACUCCAGAGUCCUCAAGGAUGUCGGCCCCAAGCGGAAAAAACUGGCCAAAGCUCAGGAGGAUCUGGAUAUGACCAUGGCAACCCUGAGGGAUAAACAGCAAAAGCUUCAGGAGGUGCAGAACCAGAUCAAGGUUUUAGAGGAGCAGUUUGAGAAUAGCAUUUCUGAGAAGGGAGAUUUGGUUAACAAAAUGGCUCUGACUCAGGCUCGGUUGACAAGAGCAGGGAAGCUAACUUCUUCUCUGGGUGACGAGCAAGUACGCUGGGAACAAAGUGUAGCCUUAUUUGAGCAAGAGAUUAUCAAUGUUGUGGGAAACGUCUUCAUUGCAGCUGCCUGUGUGGCCUACCAUGGAGCAUUUACUUUUCACUACAGACAGCUGCUAAUUCACCAGUGGAUAAAACAAUGCCAGCAUCUGAAAAUCCCCAUUAGUUCCAACUUCAGCCUCAUCAACGUUCUGUGUGAUGCAUAUAUCAUCCAUCAGUGGAACACAGAAGGGUUGCCUCGUGAUACAGUUUCUACAGAGAAUGGAAUCUUGGUGACUAAAGGCCGCCGCUGGCCUCUUAUGAUCGACCCUCAGGAUCAGGCCAACCGAUGGAUCCGUUCCAAGGAAACCAAGCAUGGACUGAAGGUGACGAAGCUGACAGACCCAACCUUCCUCCGUACCCUAGAGAAUGCCAUACGGAUGGGCAUGCCUGUACUGCUAGAGGAUUUAAAGGAGACUUUAGAUCCAGUCCUGGAGCCCAUCCUGCUGAAGCAGACAUUUGUGGCUGGUGGGCGAACAUUGAUCCGACUUGGAGACUCAGAAAUCGACUAUAACAAAAACUUCAGGUUCUAUAUGACCACUAAGAUGGCCAACCCACACUACCUGCCAGAGGUAUGUAUCAAAGUUACAAUCAUUAACUUCACAGUAACUAAGUCUGGCUUGGAGGACCAGCUGCUCAGUGAUGUGGUUCGUCUUGAGAGCCCGCAUCUUGAGGAACAGAGAAAUGACCUAAUCGUGAGCAUCAACUCUGACCGCAACCAGCUGAAGGAUAUAGAAAACCGUAUCCUUAAGCUUCUUUUCACCUCUGAGGGGAAUAUACUUGACAGUGAGGAGUUAGUUCAGACUCUCCAGGAAUCAAAGGUGACAUCAGAAGCCAUAAAGCAUCGUCUAGAGGAAGCAGAGGCAACAGAACUGAUGAUCAACACUGCAAGGGAGCGUUACAGACCUGUGGCCACCCAAGGCUCUGUCCUAUACUUUGUUAUAGCCAGUCUUUCUGAAAUUGAUCCUAUGUACCAGUUCUCACUCAAGUACUUUAAACAGCUCUUUAAUACUACCAUUGAGACAUCAGAGAAAAGCAAUGUGUUGGAAGAGCGUCUUCACAUCCUUCUGGAUGCAAUCUUGCUCAACUCCUACAUCAAUGUAUCACGUGGCCUCUUCGAGCAGCACAAAGUUAUCUACAGCUUCAUGGUGUGUGUGGAGAUCAUGAAGCAGCGUGGUGAAAUCUCAGAUGGGGAGUGGCAGUAUUUCCUAAGAGGAGGCGCUUCUUUGGAAAAGGACUAUGCAGAUCGGCCAGAUGUGCCAUGGCUAAGCGAGUUUUACUGGCAAACAUGCUGCGAGCUAGAAGACAAACUGCUCUGCUUCAAGGAUAUUUCUAAAGAAAUCACCAGAACCCAUAUCCAUAUCAAGCUUGGACGUUUCCAAGCAUCUAUUAAUCCUGAGAUCUGGGAAGGCUAUGCAUCAGGCUUGCCUCCUAUCUGGAAGUCCAAAGAGAAGAAACAACAAAUAAAAGGUUACUGGAAUGAGAGACUGGGGACCUUCCAAAAGCUAAUUCUUAUUAAAAGCUUCAUGGAAGAGAAGGUGGUGUUGGCAACAACUGAGUUUGUGAUUGUUACCUUGGGAAAGCAAUUUGUGGAAAACCCUCCAGUGGACCUGGCUAACCUCUACAAUGACAUUACCCCCUCCACCCCACUGGUCUUCAUCCUCAGUACAGGAUCUGAUCCCAUGGCUGCCUUCCAGCGUUUUGCAACUGACAGAGGAUGUCUUGACAGGGUGGAAUCCAUCUCACUGGGCCAAGGCCAGGGACCUAUAGCAGAGAAGAUGAUACAAUCAGCAAUGAAGAAUGGCAACUGGGUCUUUCUCCAAAACUGCCAUCUGGCUGUCUCCUGGAUGUUAGCCAUGGAGGAGCUCAUAAAGACCUUCACUGAGCCUGACACGUAUAUUCACGAGAACUUCCGUCUGUUCCUUAGUUCUAUGCCAACAAAAGUUUUUCCUGUUACAGUACUGCAGAACUCUGUCAAGGUGACUAAUGAGCCUCCUAAAGGCUUGCGAGCCAACAUGCGCCGAGCAUUUACAGAGAUCACCAACAAUUUCUUUGAAGACCACAUACUAGGACGCCAGUGGAGGAAAAUGGUCUUUGGAAUCUGCUUUUUCCAUGCAGUUGUCCAGGAGCGCAAGAAAUUUGGUCCUCUGGGCUGGAACAUUCGCUAUGAGUUCAAUGAGAGUGACCGAGAAUGUGCUCUGCUAAACUUGAACCUUUACUGCAAAGACCGUACCAUCCCUUGGGAUGCUCUGAUUUAUAUUACUGCUGAGAUCACAUAUGGAGGCAGAGUGACAGAUGCCUGGGACCAACGCUGCCUCCGAACAAACCUCAAAAGUCUUUUUUCUCCUGAGACGCUGCAACCUGGCUACACCUACUCCUCCUCAGGUAUUUACUAUUCUCCAGACACAGAUGAGCUGGACCAGUACAAGCAGUACAUUGAAGGGCUUCCAAUCAUAGAUGACCCCGAGGUGUUUGGCAUGCAUGAGAAUGCCAGCCUAGCUUUCCAGCGACAAGAAACCAUGACCUUAAUAAACAACAUACUGGAUGUUAAUCCUCGUUCUUCAGCAUGUCAAGGAGCUAAAAGUAAUGAUGACAUUGUCUGCGAGCUCGCAAAAUCUAUACUGGCCAAACUACCUGAGUGCCUUAACAUGGAAGCAGCAGUGGAAAAACUAUUUGUCAGAGACAAAAAUGGCCGCCUGAACUCCCUCACAACUGUUUUGGGCCAAGAAGCAGUUCGAUUCAACAACUUGCUAAAAAUUCAGAGGGUGUCUCUUAUCACUCUGCUGAAGGCCAUAGAAGGUCUGGUUGUGAUGUCAGAGGAAAUGGAUCAAAUCUAUACAAGCUUCUUGAACAACCAAGUUCCCACCCACUGGACAAACUCUGCCUACCCUUCCCUGAAACCUCUGGCUUCCUGGGUCAGAGAUUUGACCCUCAGAACAUCCUUCAUCCAGGCUUGGAUCACACGUGGUCAGCCCAAAUCUUUCUGGAUCUCUGGGUUCUUCUUCCCUCAAGGCUUUCUCACUGGAGUACUGCAGAAUCAUGCUCGGCAUUACAAUUUGCCCAUUGAUGAGCUCAGCUUCCGCUUCAACAUCAUACCAGUAUACAGAGAUGAGGCGGCUGUCUGUGAGGCUCUGAGAAGUCUAACUGUCCAUGAAAAACUGGACAUAGAUGAUGAGUUACUAGAUCCAGAGGAUGGUGUACUUGUACACGGCAUGUUCAUGGAUGCCAGUCGCUGGGAUGAUGUCAACAUGGUGAUUGAUGAUGCGCUGCCUCGGGUGAUGAACUCCAUGCUGCCGGUGGUGCACUUUGAACCAAAGCAGAACCAUGUGCCGGAUCCUGACCUCUACCAUGCACCACUGUACAAGACCUCUGCCAGAGCAGGGACUCUGUCCACCACAGGUCACUCAACUAAUUUUGUUGUGACUGUAAUGCUUCCCUCCAAGCGACCCAGUGAUUACUGGAUAUCAAAAGGUUCUGCACUCCUGUGCCAGCUGGAUGAUUAAGUUUUUAAGGACAAAGUAGAAUUUUAAAUGUUUCUCAAUCAAAAUAAUCAAUACACAACCUUGAAUUAACUUUAUAUCUUUUGUUGAAUUAGUUGUAAAGAUUUUCACAAACACAAUUUAUGCUGAAAGUGCUUACUACACAUGUACAGUAAUAAAGAUUUGUGAUUGAUAUAUCAGCUUCU